AUGGCGACGGAGGGAGCUGCGGAUGUGUCCUGGCUGCUGCACAACGGCAAGAUUCGACGGCGCAUUGGAGCCGUCGUCCGGUUCCAUCCCAUUCCGGAGCUCUUCGUGCAGACUGCCAAGGUAUCUGAGACUGCGGAGGAUCCGGGGGAGGACGAUGCAACGCCCCAGCGAGGGGCGUCGUCUUCUUGCCCGUUGUCCGACCAUGCCAGGACCUACGCUGGAUACUUGUUGCAGUUUUUGCGCGAUCGGCACGAGCUGUUCAAACUGUGCCCUGCUCACGGCGGCGAUCGUCCAGUUUGUAUCUACGGUGACGCUUUCUGCUCCUGCCGGAUGCGGGUCUCCAUCUUGCCAGAAGGGUGGAAGAUGCUAAACUCCCUUGCCGACGAUGAGGAUCUGGAAGCACUGAUCCAGCUCGUGGCGCAGAAGGUGAGUCAAAUGAGCGCGGCGUGUGGCAGUCAGAAGGUUCCCCUGGUUCGCCUCGGCCGCGACACCGAUGUGAAGAAGGCCUUGCGUGGUCGUGCCUUGCUGUCACUCCUCGAUGCGGAUGCGCGGCGUCAAGCUGCUGCAGGGCUUGGGCCUCGGCUGCGCUUGGA